UAGAUUUUUUUCUGGUAAUUAAAUAUACUUGCUCAAAAUUAUUUUACUUCCACCAACCAUAAAGUGUUACAACCCUAACCAGCCAUACAAUUUUCUGACAUUUUUCUAUUUUUUUUAAACUAUCAUUUUUACAGUGUAGAAAGAAUUAAACCCCAUUCACACAGCACUUUGAUCCCAGAAAAUGUCCAUAAUUGUCAGAGAGCUUUCUGUCAACCCAAACAUCACGUAAUGUUCUUGGAUCGCUCCUGUAAAGGGAUACAUACGGCAAAAAUCUUGUGGAAUCUUGCCUGAUGAAAGCUGUUUUCGUCCUAAUCAUACCCCCAAACUUAACCUAAACCCAACAUUUCACAGGAUUUAGAUUGUAUCAGAUUAAGCCAGAAUCGCAGAAAUAACAUUCACAAUGACAAAUGUCUGCAAACUGGACUGAUCAGAGAUCAGGAAGCUCACAUACAGAGCAGCCAAUCCCUCGCAAUAAACAAAAAUGCAUAUGUAUGGUUUCUGAGAAAUCACAGAUAAUAAGCAAACUUAAAAUGCUGCUGCAAAAAAAAUCUUUACAGUAUAUGUGUGAAUGCACCCACACAUUUCCAUGUAUUUUUUGUAAUCUCUGUGUUAAACAGGCUUUAGUUUAAAUAUGUGUUUUAUUCACUCAUUCAUUCAUUAUCUUACUGUAAACUUUGAUUAUAUCAUAUACCAAUACAAAUACAUCCUUGGAAAUGUGUAAUGAAAUUAUAAAAAUUUUGGAUUGCAUUGUCUUGAGGCCUACAAAAACUGGCAAUCGACCACAUUCAUAUAUAUAUCAGGCUCUGUAUAUAUCUCUUAGUUUUAUAAUGUCGCCCCCUGGAGGCAAUUGUCGUUUCGACAGCUGGGGGCAGAAGGAGUGUGACGUGUUUCUCUCGCGAGAUCGGAAUUUGAAAAGUGGCGCUUUGCGGUUGUUUAAGUCAAGAGUCUUCAAAACUAACUUCUCACAGCAUCAACAUGACUGGAGAUACUGAUCUUGAAAUUGAAGAGGCUUUCCGGCGUGCACAGAAGGCUCAUCAUAACAAGGCCAAACUGGUUGCCAGUUUGAAGAACAGAUAUGUUAAGUUGGAGGAUAAGACUGAAUUUCAUGAGGAGUUCAUUCGCUGUCUGAAGUAUGCCAUGAUCAUUUAUACACGGGAGCCAGCUGUGGAGAAUGUCAUUGAUUUUGUCACAAAGUUUGCCGCUGCUUUUGAAACACCUGUUAAUGAGGAGGCUGAAGAGGAGGAGGAUGAGGAAGAUGAUAAUGAAUUUUUGAACUUCCUUUUUACAUUCCUGUUGGAGUCUCAUGUUGCAAACAGUCAUGCGGUCCGCUUUCGUGUGUGCCAGCUGGUGAAUAAAUUGCUGGGUAGUCUGAGUGAAAAUGCUCAGAUAGAUGAUGACCUGUGUGAUAGGAUACAUGAAGCUAUGCUGGUCAGAGUCACGGACAAAUACCCUAAUGUCAGGAUACAAGCAGCACUGGCAAUGGCUCGACUUCAGGAUCCCAGUAACCCUGACUGCCCAACUAUUAAAGCAUAUUUGUUGCUUUUGGAAAACGACUCAAACCCUGAGGUUCGACGAGCUGUGCUGUCUUGCAUUGCUCCUUCGGCUUCAACACUCCCUAAAAUCUACAAGCGCACCAGGGACGUCAAAGAGAAAGUCAGGAAACUUGCGUAUCAGGUGCUUGCAGAAAAAGUGCAUCUUCGAGCUCUAACUAUUGCUCAGAGAGUUAGUCUACUGCAUGAAGGCCUCAGUGACUCUGCAGACUCUGUGAAAGAAGUUGUUAAGACGCAUUUGCUGCCUGCAUGGCUUCGCUUGGUGCAAGGAGACGUGUUGCAGCUGUUGCACAGACUGGAUGUAGAGAACUGUGCCGAAACUGCAGUGACCACCCUACAUGCCAUCUUCUCCAUGGCAACAAGUUCUGAUGAUCUCUUGAAAAAUGCUGCUGGGUUGGAUGAGAGGAAACUAAUUCCUGUGGACUCGCUUACAUGUGAAAAUGUGUUGUACUGGAGAGCGUUGUGCGAGUUUGUCAAAAGUAAAGGAGAUGAGGGGGAGGAAAUACUGGAGAAAUUACUCCCUGAAGCAGCCAUCUUUGCAGAAUAUUUAUACAGUUUUCUGAAGAGCAUUUCUCAGCUGUCUGAAGAGCAGAGAGCUGAUAUGACACAGCUUGAGAUGGUGAUGACCCAGCAGUUUGUUGGACAGCAGUUGAUUCUACUAGUAGGGUGUUUGGACACUUCUGAAGAGGGUGGCAGGAAGCGCAUGGUGGCAGUACUACAAGAGAUUCUUGUGCUGCCCAACACGCCCAUCUCUCUGAUUGGUCUGCUGGUUGAAAAACUGACUGGCAUUCUACGAGACGACACACAGAAAAUUCAAGUGGUUGCUGAAAUAAUCUCUGAUGUGAGAGAGCCCAUCCUGCCCGUUGCUGAACCUGUGGAUGAGAAUGAGAAACGUAGGAAACAAGUCAAACUCGCUGAGGUGCGAGUGCAGAUAAUGGAGGCAAAGCAGAGUCUAGAGGAGUGCAUCAGCUGUCAGGACUUCAGUCAUGCAGCUGAGCUGAAGGAAACAAUCUCUCAAUUGGAGGAGCUCAAGAACCAGCUGACCCUGGAAGCCUCACAGUCUGCUGAUAAUAUUAAGGAGCAGCGUGUGGAGAAGAGUGAUCCAGAGACUCUGUUGAAAUGUCUGACGAUGUGUGCUGAGUUGUUCAAGCAAAUGAACAUCAAGAGAGGAAUCUGCCCUACCAUGAAUGCUCUGAUAGAGUCACUGAUUUUGCCAAGUGUUUCAAACCCCAACCCUGCUGUCCGUAACAUGGCGAUCAUCUGCCUGGGAACCGCUGCGCUACAUAGCAAAGACCUUGCCAACACGCACCUUGUGCUGCUCUUGCAGAUCACACAGCUAGAUGAACCUAAAAUCAGGAUCAGUGCUCUCCGCGCUCUAAUUGAUCAGCUUUUGCUCAACGGCCUCAACAUCCUGCAAGACAAGCCGGCCCCUCCUGUCUCCCAGGCACCUGACUCACCAGACAUCAGUAAUGGAAACUCUAACCAAUUAGCUAAGGAUGAGGAGGAGAGUACCGUCCAGAGCAUCCUGAAGAUGCUCUCAGAAUUCCUUGAUAGCGAGAUCUGUGAACUUCGCACUGAAACGGCAGAGGGUCUGGCCAAGCUUAUGUACUGCGGCAGAAUCGUCAGUCCGAAGCUUCUCUCUCGUCUUUUGCUGCUGUGGUAUAAUCCUGUAACCGAGGAUGACCAAAGACUACGCCAUUGUCUGGGCGUUUUCUUACAACUCUAUGCCCGAGCGAGCAGAGCAAAUCAAGAGUGUGUGGAGGAGAGCUUCCUGCUGACCAUGAGGACACUGUUUAAUGCUCCUGUUACCUCUCCUUUGUCUGAGGUGGACACGUCCAACGUGGCUGAGCUUUUUGUUGAGUUAACUCGACCCAGUGCUCUUGUACAACCUGCUGCUGUACAGGGGGCAUCUGUUCAUGAUUCCCUUGCAGUGCGUGUUUGUAAUGAGAUCUUGAGGGAUGCCACCGCUCCUGAGGUGCGUCUCUACUGCAAGACACUCAGCUGGUUGGAGAUCACCACUGAACCAGGACCUGCCAACAAUGAAUUGCAACUCUUAUUAAAAGACAUUUUACAGGAAGUCAAAGAUAAAUACUGUACCAGGGUUAUUGAGAAACUGCGUAACCAGCUCAAUGGAGAUUGUUCUGCUAAAUCAGCCAGUAAUAACCAGGAAACAACUUUGCUUGCCCUGGAUGACAACACCGAAGAGGCUGUGAACAAAGAUGAGACUAAACCUAAACGUGCCAAAAGAGGCCAGAAAAAAGCUUCAACUGCAAAACAUGGAAGGAAAGCCAGUAAAGCAGACGUGUCCUCUGAUGAAAGUGAUGAAGAGAAUGUUCCUGAAGUCCCUCCAUCGGUGCGACCAAGUCGACGUGCCAAGAUAGCUGCUUUGGAUAAAACCAAACAGGAUCUGACUGCUCUCAUGAACCAAGAGGCCAAUGGUUCUUAAGUCAAUUCAUAAGUUCUAGCUUUAAAAAGAUGCUUUUUACCUUCUCUAUCUUUUGAAUGCUACAUUGUAAAAGACCAGCAGUUUUUACGAUCUGAAUUGUUUUUAACUCUUGAGCUAAAGUAUCUUUUAAGGUCAUUUGUUAAUAAAUCUAUGUAGUUGUUUUAAUCUUUUGUGCUACUAAUUUUAAAAUGCAAACAUCCUGAAGAUCUUUCAUGUGGAUUAUUUUGAUACAUCACAAAUGAAUAUGUAUUGCAGCUUUCGAUUGGAAUAACAAAAACAACCAUUACGUAUUUGCAAAGACUUUUAUUGUUCUAAUGAUUGAGACACGUUUUUGAAGGCAAGUAUUAAAAAAAAAAACACUUAAGAGAAUAUACAAGAUGCAAAUAUAAUUUAUAUACGUUUUUGUACAACAUAUAGCACCAGGUAACAAGUUGACAGUGGCCAAAACCUCAACAUGGCAUAAUAUAGUUUAUAAUACAAUAUACAGAAGGCCUCCUGACAAUUCCUGUAACAAACUCCAGCAUAUGGUUGGCAAAAGUACAAUGAUAAAAUGCUAUUUUUUUAACCUCAUUACUCUGCCACAUCGAAACCAGAAUGUUGGUUAUUCAAAUGUUUAUUAAGGCCCUAAAACAGUAAUGGGCUCGAAACCUGCUGUGGCACAUUUCUGCGCCAAAGCUUUCAAGUUGGCACCAGUUGUGUAAAUGUAAUGCAGAGAUUGGCCUUGAUAGAGUGCUAAACAAUAGGGCCCUUAUAAAUGAAACAUGAGUUACUCUUAAUAAAUUAACAUUAAUGCAUGAAAUCUAGUAGAAUAAACUAGUUUGAAGACAAAUUCAGGCUACAUGUCAAUUAACCAGUUUUCUCAGUAGAAAGUUGUGCCAAAUGCAUCAAAGGUGGCCUCGAAGCAUAGCACUAAGUUUAUUGCACAGAUAAGCUUGUCUUGUUACAAGGAGCCUAAAUUUAUUCAGGUGACCUCGACAAAACCUAAAGCCUCAGUGAAGAAGUAGGGCUAACAAUGCAGUAUUUAAAAUAAAUAGACUGAAAAACAUUAAAUAUACAAGUUUAUGGGAUGGUUUCCCGGAAAAGGAUUAGCUUAAGCCAGGACUAGACCUCAGUUUAUUUAGGAAAUAUUAGUUUGAACAAACAUGCCUUAAUAAAAAAAUUACUAAUGUAUUUUAAGAAAUGUCAGUGCAAGUUGUUUUCAGUUUGGACAGCUCUUUCAUUUAUUUUAGUCUAGGACUACUCUAAAUCCUCUCCGGGAAACCGCUCCUAAAUGUUCUUGGUAGAGGCUUAGUUGAAUGACAUGUCUAACGUCUUUGUUACAUCCAUACCAGUUUAGGCUAUGUCAGUAGCAUUCCGGAGGUGGGCGUGACACUGCAAUAGAGCUCGUGUAGUUGACGUCACGCAGCCUAAACUUUGCCCUUUUGGAAGGCAAUCUAUAGAGCAUUGGUAUCGAUAGUGGCUGAACAAUAAUUUUAACCCAACCUCAACAUUUCAUCAUGUAUAAGGGUUUUAUGUUUAAUAGUUACCCUGAAAUGAGUUUGAAAUGUUGAAAAUAACUGGGCUGAUACAUGUUAAAAGGCAUUAUCGCGAUCUGUUAUGCUUCAUCUAUCAAGUUUUGGAUGUACAUGUCUAUAUCUUUUGAAUUAAAGUGCGCAGUGAACUCUGUUGCCAUGAAA